GUGAAGUGAGCACACAUGUGAGGUUGAGGGCAGUUGUUGGGCUCCUAAUGGGACGCAGCGCCUCGCAGACAUAUGUAUGAAGUUGUCUGUACAGAUGGUAGCGCGAAUAAUAGACCUCGGUGCCUUUUAUAAAGCUGUAAGCAGCAGCUCCCGAGAUCAGAACGGAGAUCACGGAGCAUCCAGACGGAGGAGGGGGUGUGGGGUGUGCGUGGGGUGUGUAUGUGGGGGGGGGAGGGCAGAUAGCGCCCGGAAUUGUUUGUUACCGUAUUAAUCCCAUUAAUUAAAACGUUAACCUGAUUGGGUGGAGAGCUCCGUCCCAACGGGCGAGUCUCCUUCAUAACAACGACCUGCUCCCAGAUAAUGAUGUAAAAGGCUCCCCCGUCCGCCGCUGCUGCUGCUGAUGCUGCUGCUGAUGCCGCUGCUGAUGAUGCUGAUGAUGCUGAUGCUGUGGCAGAUCGCAGUGGAGAUCUCGUGAAGGUGCGUCGCGGCGAGAGAGAGCAGCGUCUCGCGCACGGCAACUUUGAGCGCGCGAGCCGCAGUCUUCGCCAGCGCCGCCGUCGCCGCCGCCGCCGCCGUCACCCGCCGCCUCACUUCCGACGAGCUCGCGAGCGGACCGGGAGCGCACGAGCCUCGCAGGCGCGCGCAGCCGGGGGGAGGGAAGAGAGAGGAGAAAGGGAAAAAAAAAAAGAAGAAAAAAAGAAAAGAAAAGAGAGAGAAAAAAAAAAAAGAGGAGCCGAACUUCAGAGCGCGAGGACUAUGGACAGGAGGAGUGUGAGCGUGAACGGAGCCGCAGACAUUUUCCAAAAAACUCUGAGCGCCGUUUCCAACAAAAAGAUGGAGAGCUUCAGGUCGGCGGCCGGUAUCGAUCUGCCCCCCCGGGACCGCCAAUCACCCAUCAACUGCUUCGAUCAAAGUGACCCGGACCCAGUGCAACCCGGGGGGGUGGCCGGGGGUCGAGCGGGAGCGCUGGGUCUCCCCACAGGAUCUCUGUGCGUGAAGUUCGGCGAAAGUGGCAACAGGACCUCGGCGGCCGAGAGCAGCGGCGGGGAGCAGAGCCCGGACGACGACAGCGACGGCAGGUGCGACAUGGUCCUCAUGGCCGACGGGAGGACGGCGGCGUCCGUGGCCAAGUCGGAUGGAGGUAAGAAAAACAAGGAGCAGAAGAUGCUGCGGCUCAACAUCAACGCGCGGGAGAGGAGGAGGAUGCACGACCUGAACGACGCGCUGGACGAGCUGCGCGCCGUCAUCCCGUACGCGCACAGCCCCUCCGUGCGCAAACUCUCCAAAAUCGCCACCCUGCUGCUCGCCAAGAACUACAUCCUCAUGCAGGCGCAGGCUCUGGAGGAGAUGAGGAGGCUAGUGGCGUACCUCAACCAAGGCCAGGCCAUUUCUGCUGCGUCUCUGCCGGCCACCGCGGCUCUCACCCCGGGCUUGGGCACCUACGAGCAGCCCGCCGGGUACCCGUUCUCGGCCGGGGUGGCAGCCUCCUCCUGCCCCGACAAAUGUGCCCUUUUCAACAACGUCACCUCCAGCCUGUGCAAACAGUGCACUGACAAGCCUUAAGAGCGCGCGGCACGGUCAGCAUCAGCCGAAAACAGACUCAUUUAGACCAGAAUGAACAUAAACUUCUUUAUAAUGAAUGAAGAAAUAAUAAAAAAAAUUAAAAAAAGAGAGAGGGAGAGAGACUGAAGACACCGCU